GGCGCUGCGCCUGCGCAGUCGGCCCAGCGUCUGUUGGCUUGAUUCCUAUGGCAACGGCCCAGCGGCUUUGGCCUUCGGGAAAAAGAUGAAGCUGAAGCGGUUCUUGUUGCGCUACUAUCCUCCUGGCAUUAUUCUGGAAUAUGUUCAAGGUGGGGAAGUGAAAACCAAAUCCAUAGAUUUACUAGAUCUAAAUGCUACUACAGAUGUAGGAGCCUUAGUGGAAGAUAUUAGAAAGGCAGAACCCCUUAUCACAGCAUCACGUAAAGACCAAGUUGUACAUUUAAUACUACGAUUGCAAGAGAAGCUUGGACAACCAGUGGAUCACAAGUUCCAUCUUUUUAAGGUAAGACCUUUGAGUCUGUUUAUGAUCUUUACUUUUGCUUAUAUAAAUACCAAAUACCUUUGUAUAUUGAAAGAUUUUCCAUUGAAAUCCUCUAUCAAAUACUGUCAGCAACACCUCUCAAAUAGAGACACAGACUUGCCUAUGCGGGUUGAGAUUGACUCGAGGAUAACAACAACAACAAAAAUGCAUGGGAGUACAGAAGUUUGUCUGUCCUUUAAUCUUCAAAGCACAUUGGUUGCUACUGGAAGUAUGGAUACUACAGCUAAACUGUGGGACAUACAGAAUGGAGAAGAAGUGGUCAGAUUAACAGGCCACUCUGGAGAGAUAGUUGCCUUGUCCUUUAACACCACAGGAGAUAUGAUCAUCACGGGUUCCUUUGACCACGUAGUUGCUGUAUGGGAUGUUGGCACGGGCAGGAGGAUGCAUACUUUAAUAGGGCAUCAUGCAGAAAUAAGUAGUGCACAGUUCAAUUGGGACUGCACUCUGAUAAUCAGUGGUUCAAUGGACAAAACAUGCAUGAUGUGGAAUGCUCUCACUGGCAAGCGUGUGGCAGUUUUAAGCGGACAUGAUAAUGAGGUGUUAGAUGUUUGUUUUGAUUAUACUGGCCAGCGUAUUGCAACUGCCUCAGCUGAUGGGUCAGCAAGAGUUUAUGAUGCAGAAACAAAAAAAUGUAUUGCAAAGCUUGAAGGUCAUGGAGGAGAAAUUUCAAAGAUCUGUUUCAAUCCACAAGGCAGUCGUAUUCUUACAGCCAGUUUUGAUAAGACAGCUCGACUUUGGGACCCACAGACUGGACAAUGCAUUCAAAUACUAGAAGGACACACUGAUGAGAUUUUUUCAUGCACUUUCAAUUACACGGGCAAUAUAAUUAUUACAGGUAGCAAAGAUAAUACAUGUAGGAUAUGGUGCUGAAUGAGGAUAAUGCCUGACUGAACUUCCUAACAACUUUCAUAUGGCAAAUUUUAUAGACAAUAACCACUAUGCCCUUUAAAAAAUUAUUCUUGUGUCUCCCUCUCUCUUUUAGCAUUACUGAAAUAGAUCUCUUUCCUGGACCCAUGAGCUGAACUAUGUUAGCUGGUUCUGUAAUAGGCUUUAAAUACGUUAAAUGAUUAAGUUGCAACAAAUGACAUUGUUUUUCCUUGUAAUGGGUUAUAGGCCAGUUGUGGUAGGGAUAGGGAAAUGCAUCAUAGUAUUAACUGUUACAUGGAUGCUUCUCACGUGUUCAGUGGGUUAUAAAUGUGUUUAAUAGUUGUUGAAUGACUAUUUGAAUCAGUAUUAAACUGUAACUAUUUAUGUAGAAUUAAAGUGGAUCCUACAUACUGGGAAAAAGCAUAAUCAAAGGGAACUGGUAAAACUUAUAGUGACUAAUUGUUUCCUUAACUGGAACUACAAUAUUGUAGUGGAAAACUGGAGCAAGCCUCACUUCUCUGUCUUCAUUGUGAAUUGAGCUUUCUGUAUGAAAGUUUGAUUUCAUAAUAGCUUGGUUUAUGCACUCUUCUCCUGCUAACUUGAAGGGGAAGAAUUAAAAGAACUGGCUCUGUGUGAAGGAGAGGACUUAGGGAAGGCAAACUGGAGACAGCCUUAAAUUGUAGUGGGGUGAGGGUUAUGCUUCUACCGUCUGCCAGCCUGCCCCAGUGGUUCCAAUUGUUAAAAUAAAUUCUUUUACUACCAGUAGCCCUGUUGUUUCACUGCCAUUCUAAGUUAUUUUUCUCCCUCUUGUCCUUUUGAAUUUUGGUGAAGAACUAAAGUGAUUGCUUCAGCAUUUGUGUAUACCAUCCAGAUGCUAUUUGGGUACUGGCAUGAAAGCUUGCUUCCAAAUCUUUCUGAGUCUCAAAUUCUUUUUGCCUCCAGUAAGCCUGUUUUCUAUAUUGCCCUGAAAAUGUCAAGCCAACUGGAAGAAAUCUAUUUCAACUUCCCUGUUCAGCAUUACUCCACAGAGCUACUGAUAUUAUGAACGUUUUACUUCUCAUUACGGUUCUGAAAGUGCCAGACAAAAGGUCUGCUACAGAGGAAAGAACAGCAUCUUUUACGUCCUGGAAAAUGAAGGUUCACUUUGUUCUAUAGUGCACGCAUUUCAGAAAGAACUGCUACUGAAAAAUAUUUCUUUGAAAGGAAGGAAUAUCAGAAGUGUGAGAAAUUUCUGCUUUAGGUUGUGUAGCCAAACCUGACUUGUGUUUGGGUGAACCAAUUGUCUGAUAGAUUACACUACUAGCUAGUUUUUUUUUUUUUAAGAACCUUGGUUCUAUUCUCUAAGGUAAAACAGGAUGUGGGUUAUUCUCAUAUAGUUCUGUACCAGGUUUGCUGAGCUGAUCUAGAAUAACAUGGCUUGUUUUUUAUAUAAACAAUUAUUUGCUAUUUCACACACACCCAUAACUCUUAAACCUCUUCAUUAUAUAAUAGUUCAUUAUUGAAGAGAUACAGUGUAUUUGAGAGAAUGGGGAUAAUUCCAUCUAGGUGAGUUUUUCUUCUUCAGGGCAGAGUUGAUAUGUUGCUAUUACUGAAAAAUCCAAACGUUGCAAUAAACUAACAUGGCUAGU